AUGUCCAUGCUUCUCUAUGACCUGGGCCCGCCCGAAAACGCCGUACCGCGGGAGUUUGACCUGUCGUCCUCGCGCAUAGCGCUGGUGGGAGACCGCGGCUGCGGUAAGACGUCGCUGGCACUCCGGUGGUGCUACGGCAGCCUGCACUCGACGGGGGCGCGCGAGCACCUCACGUCGGAAGACAUCUGCCACCGGCGCUUUCUCCGGCCCGCGCUGCGCCAGUCACGCACCUGGGCCGAGUAUUUCGAGCUCCAGAUGCGGCUCCGCAGCAACUUCUCCGGGGACGGGUCGGACGCGGGACGCAGCGCGAGCUUCGACAGCGCGGCCAUGUCGCAGUUAGACUAUGGCUUCGGGGCUGGCAACAGCGCCACCUCCAACGAGCUGCGGCUGCGCCAUAAAGACACGCUGGACGUGCAGGUGCUCGAGGGCGCUGACUUUGAGCAGAUUGACUACUCCGAGCUAGCAGCAUUGCAGACGUUCCAGACCGACGGCUUCAUGCUGUGCUUCGACGUGACUAACGCCAAAUCGUUCGAGACGGUGCAACUCAUGUACCAGCAGGUCUGGAAGUUGCGCGGCGACGAUGUGCCCAUGGUUCUGUGCGCACUCAAGGCCGAUGUGGCUCAGGAGGAGCGCGCCGUGGACCCCGAGCAGGUCGCGGAGCUUUGCGACGAGCUGGGGAUCGACAUCGACAUCUCAUUCUUCGAGGUCUCUGCCUUCGAGGACUUCAACAUCAAUGAGGUCUUCUACCGGCUGCUCCGCGAAAUCGAGUUACGCAAGGAUACGCUGCGGCGGACGCGGCUAGCAUCGAAGGACAUGGUCUCCGAAGAAUCAGGCACAAUGACGGCAACCACCUUGGCUCUGGACCACAGCGCUGUAGGCGAAACAUCCGCUGCAGAGCUAGACGACGAGACGAUCCCCACUCUGCCAGCUUGUACCGCGCCCCCUGCCGCGUCGAAAGCCGCUGUUAGUGCGCCGGUCCUGUCCGGCUCCCCUGAUGCCUCCCCGGCCUCAAAUGCCCCGUGCGCGACGCCCGCGCCAGCCUUGAGCACCAAGUGCAGCACGCGAAGCUCACGCCCACGAAAUACGACCCGUGCCCCGCCUAUUCGCGGCGGCAGCGCCGCCCCUAAGACAAAACACGCCUGCUGCGUGAUAUGCUGA